AUGGCAGACAAGUUGCAGARRUYRUKCAARCUGCCUUCAUGGAUUGCGUUCUGGCUUGYCCUGUCUUCUGUUAUUUGCACAAUAGAUGCUCUCUUCGUUCUUCUCAGGCCUCGUACCCUGCCUGGAGGCGACCUGAAUUAUCUUGUGCGACCCUACAAUCUUUACAUUGAAAUUGACAAGCGAUAUAUAGACCUGAAGGAUGGCUUUGUUAUUGGUCAAAGCUGGAUGAAUCUAGUUGAAGUUUUCUUCAAUGCUAUUACACUUGUUUUGAAUGCCCAGAGUUCUGCUCAUAGUGUAGUAAUGGCACUUGUUGUUUCAACUAUGACGUGUUCCAAGACAGUGCUAUAUUUCGUCAUCUCAUCCAAGUUGUGCCAUGGUGAUGAGUUUAUUGCCCAAACAUCGUGGUCAGAACACUUGUUGUUUUACAUCAUUCCUAAUGGCACAUGGAUUUUAAUGCCUUUAUUAUGCAUUAUUACAUUGUUAUUAAAGAUAAGUCAUGCUAUAGAAAUAAGUAACCUUGCAUCAAAACAAAAAAAGACAAAAUGAUUCAUUAAUAGUUACAAUCUGAUUUACUUUGAGCUUAUUUCCUUUGUGUUCCUGCUUACUACAAUAAUUAGAAAUUAUCCUUACAUGUUAUCAUAGAGURCACACCAUAUAAUAAUCUGUGAAACAAAAGCAAAGAUGUUUUAUCUAUUGCAGCUAUCUCGUUGCUAUUUUAUACAAAAGAGUGGAUAUUACUGGAGCAGAACAUUGGGAACUAAAGCAAAUACCUGUGCGCAUCUUUCUUUUGUUCAUGCCUGAGUGAAUUCUUAGCUUUUUUACAUACUAAAUCGUUGAUGACUAAACACUUUUAGUUAAGUCCUAAAUGGGUAGUAGUUGUUUCACAGGUAUGUGGUGUGCAUGUGGUCUUUCCACUUUUUUCAGUGACAAUAUAUUAUUAUUGUACCAUUUCUGUGCAACAUGCCAUAAAAUCCUGGUUAUGAACCUU